AUGGAAAACAUUCAUCAAGGGCAAGAAGUUCGGGAGGAAAUCAAAAAAAUAGUCAAAACCUACCGGCUGGCUUUUCCUUGCCCUCAUUGCCAGGAAGAAAUUAAUGAUACUCAUUUUAGCAAAGAGGCUGCGAUUUUUCAAUUUAUUAACGAAAGAGUUCAGGAAAUAGUAGAAGAACAAUUUGCUUCCCGCAAUCGAGUUUAUCGGCAAAAAUGGCUAAAAGAAAUAGAGCAAAACCGGCUUUACGAAGGAUUUUCGGUAUUUAAAGAGUUACGAAAAAAUCUUGAAAAUCUCCAAAAUCAGGUAACCAAGUUACAAUCUUCGGAGUAUAUUGAAAAUCUUGAUCGGGUGCGAAAAUUAAAUGAGGAGUUAACUAAACGUCAAAAAGAAAACGAAGAAUUACGGGAAAAAAAUCAAACUCUCCUGCUCGGGCAAAAAAAGCCCGGGCAAAAAAAAGGCGAGGAAUUCGAAAAAUGGUUUUUGGAAGAAUUACAAAAAGUCUUUGACGACCGUGAUAACAUUAGUGAUAUUAGUAAGGGUCAGAGUGGCACUGGCAAAAGAGCCGAUUUUAUGCAAGAAGUAUUUACCGACCAAGAACCAAAAAAAUUAGCCGGGCGAAUUAUUUACGAAACGAAAAAUACUGAAAAAUGA